UUUUCUGCUGCUGAUCGUCCCUGAGUUGCUGCUGUGAUAGACUGCGACACUGGGAGGAAGGCGUGUCCGCACAAGCAGGAUUCUGCUAGCAGUAAAACUGAGACGGAUCUUCAGCAUCCCUGGAGAGUUACACACACGCACCGAGAAGAUGACUCUGGCAGCCUACAAGGAGAAGGUCAAAGAGCUCCCCCUGGUGUCUCUGUUCUGCUCCUGCCUGAACCCACAGACUGCAGACAAACCUACGUACAAGGCAGAAGAUGCGGUGGACCUGGGCUGGUGCGUCAUCAAAGACGUGGAGGUAAUUGAGCUGAACAAGCGGACAUCUGGCCAGGCCUUCGAGGUCAUCCUGAAGCCCCCGUCCUUUGACGGUGUGCCAGAGCUCAACGCCUCCAUGCCGCAGCGCCGUGACCCGUCCCUGGAGGAGAUCCAGAAGAAGCUGGAGGCUGCAGAGGAGAGGCGAAAGUGCCAGGAGGCGGAGCUGCUGAAGCACCUGGCGGAGAAGAGGGAGCAUGAGCGCGAGGUGAUCCAGAAGGCCUUCGAGGAGAACAACAACUUCAUCAAGAACGCCAAGGAGAAGCUGGAGCAGAGAAUGGAGGCCAACAAGGAGAACAGGGAGGCGCUGCUGGCCGCCAUGCUGGAGAGGCUGCAGGAGAAGGACAAACACGCCGAGGAAGUGAGGAAGAACAAGGAGAUGAAGGAGGAAGCCUGCCGGUAGAUGAGAAGAGGAGAAGAAGAGAGAAGGAGCAGGACUGGGAGUCUUUUGAGUCAGUAAAAAAAAAAAAAAAAGAAAACAGUGCAGGGAAGAAAAAAGAACUCGAACAAAGGUUGUUUUCAUAUUUGAUGUAUGCUGUAACGAUUCUGAACAAGCUGUACAAAGUUUAGCCAAAUCUUGAUGUUGAAAUUCAAAAAAUCUUUCUUUUUUCUAAAGAAAAAUGGGAGGGAGGGGGGCAUUAAAACAAAGAUGUCAAGUUUUUCAAAAAGGGGUGACAGUGGUUGUUUGGUGAGGAAUAAAAGCUGUUACAAUUUACAUCAUAGCUCUCAUUUGUGCAGUUUCUCCAGUCAGAAAGCGGGGAAAUUAUAACUUCCUGCAGAUUUCAGCAUUGUUAACUGUGUUUUUUUUUGGAUGAUGCUUUGUAUUAAAAGUUGUACCUGGAUGCACAGCCAGCACACCAUCUCUAUCUAAUUAGCGUGAAUCUAUGGUGCAGGGAGUUGUAAUCUAAAUUGUUACAAAGUAAAACAUGAAAAAAAAAGUGUGAUGUGCUUAAAAACUGGACACACAGCUGUAAUUUAGUCAGUCACAACCUUAACAAGUCAAUGCCAAGAGUCCCAGUCUCUGAUUUACAGGAUGCUUACUAGUCUGUACACAUAAACACAACACUUCUGCUGUUUCUGGAUCAAAUAUAAAAACUGAUUUCCCUUGGUUCACAGCUAUCAUGUUCCGCCGCACUAUUUUUUGGAUUGUUGGGUCUGUCUGGGGACAUGAAUCUCCCAGUAUGAAUAUAACAUGAAGAAUCAGGCUCUUGUUUCAGUGCUCUUGGGGAGUAAAAAAAAAUGAAAAGCUUGAAAAGCUGAAGAGUUUGAAAAUCUCUGCCUGAUUCAGCCAUCUUCAGGCUCUUUGUGAAACUUUAACUGUAGUGUAGUUGUAGAUCAGUGACAUGCAUUUAGAUUUAGAGCACUGAUUGCACUCUUAUUUCAUUAAGCACAACUCUAAAGCACAUAUGCACACACGAACGACGGCGGAUAUAUACAGUAACAUCACAAGGGGGCAGACGAGUGAUGGACAGCAGUUCAGAAUUUUUGGAAGAGUUUGGGUUUUUUGUGGCUAACCAGCGGUCUCACUUUGCUUUGGCAUGUGUCACUGUGCUCUGAUUGUCAGUUUAUCAUUUUUGAGGGAAUGUAAACCCUAAAAGUGUAAACAGAAAGCUGAAACUUUGCUCGAGUUGUUGAGUCAUACUGACUUGAUUGAGUGUUUAAAAUGUUUGCACUGUAAGCGGGGAGUCGCUCUGUGGGGUUUGUACUUGCUGUAGCUGUGUGUCGCUGUAUAUCUUCAAGGCUGGAUCGAUUGUAUCUGUUUGGCAUGGUCAGUAAAAACAGCUUGGCGGAA